UUGCUUAGUUGGCGUUUAUUUUUCUGCCUAUUUUACUUUCCUGAUCCUGCUUUAAAGAGCGUUUCCCAAAUUAUAACAGUGUAUAAGUAGCAAGAACCAGCCGAAGCUGGUUUCCAAAUUAUGUUGCAACAUCCGAAAGCGCCGCAAAAGAGCCUGGCUGGUCCCACCUACGGAGUAACCAUCCUGAUGCUGAUCAUUGGUCAGAUGCAGGUCAUUGCCAUCGUUGAGUUCAAGAACUUGAACGAGAUGCUGGGGGCACGCUACGGUCUCAACCUGGUUCAGUUCUUUAUUAGCUUUAUGACCAUUCAGAUGUACGGAUUCUUCUACCGCAUUAUAGCAAGCAAGCCAACAUGGGUACGCCUCCUUGCUGGAGGCUGGACAUACGAAAUUAACACAAUUUCCAUUAUGAAGCCAACCAAACAUGCACCGUACCUGUGCCUCACAAUAUCUGCUGUGGUCACGAUCAUAUCGAUGGUGAUUAGCGUUGUCUACGGCUGCAUCUCAAUGCGUCACAAAAGGGGCCUCUUUAUCUCUCGGCACAAUGUGAUCCUGUGGAGUGAGCGUCUAUUUGUGCUAACAUGCUUUGGUAUCAUCCUCACCGUUGAGAUGCAGCGCGUCCUUAUUGAGCUUCCCAUUAUGGUUAUAUAUAUGCUUUUGUCGAAUGUGUUCGUGAUCAUCUUUGGCGCCUCUGUGCGGAGACCGCACUUCUAUCAUGAGGAUGCCCAAGGAGACUUUAUACUGAUCGGCCAGCUAUACUAUCUGAACUUCUUUGCCCUAUAUAUGAGCUAUCUGUGGACACUGGACUUGAUCUUGGAGUUGACCGAGUGGAAGGUUUCCAAUAAAGAAAUCAUUGCUCUAAUUAAGAAAGUCUUAAUGGACUUCGUAUAGGAAGCAGGCGUCAUGCUGGAUGAGCAGCGGUUUUUUAAAUACUUUGGCUAAACCAGUCAAUCCUUUAGAGGAUUCAAAUUCGUUGUGUGAAUAAUUUUCGAAAUACAUUAAACGGUUUUAUUCCUA